AUGACAGCUUUUACGGGUUGUGCUUUAACGUUAAUGCCAACCGCGAGCGACCUACGGCCGGGUAAUAAUAGUUGUAAUAAUAGUACAAGGCAUUAUUUUGCAUUUAUGAGCAUCGAUAAUACAUCAAAUAUUAACGAAUUGCCUCGUGGAAGAGAAGAGAUGAACGAAUUUUUUUAUGAACCAAACCAAGAAUGCGCAAAAAUAGUUUAG